GUUUUAUUUUAAAAGGCUGUAACUCAAAAACUAUUUGAGAUAUCGAUUUAAAAUAUUAUUAUCAAAAAUAUGAAAAAAUCGAUUUUUUUAAUUCCACCCUAGGUGUGCCACUAAACGGUAGUUUAGCUUUAACUUUAAUUUUCAUGAUAUUUAAACCGUGUUCUGUCAGUUUCAAUUUCAGUUUCAGUAAACUAAGACUAGAAGUCCACCACAUAUGUUUAUUUUGACAGCUGGUUUAUAGCUAUCACAGAGGGCGAAGUUGUUGCGAUAUAUUUUCAAAAGUAAUGCAUAAGACAACCUUUUUAAGCUGUCGAACAACUGCAGUAUAAUUCAAACAGAGGUAUUUGCUAUUGGGAAAUCUGCUGAGACCAGAAGUGUCUUGGAAAGCAGGCUGGAGGCACUUCACUUCAACUAGGUGCCAGGUGUCAAAGGCAUCGAGGGCAAUGAGAUAGUGGACGAGAUUGCCAAGAGUGAUGUACCGCUGUCACCCGAAAACGUGAUUAACAUUGAAAACUCCAUGCAUUGUCUAUACGACGAUCUGAACAACAGCAUGGCAAGGAAAAUCAAAACCCCAUGCAAAAAGCCAUGUGUAAAAUGUUAGAUCGGAAAUAUACAAAGUUCCUACUGGCACUCGAUCGAAGCGACUAUAGCAACAUAAUUGAAAUACUCACUGGUCACAGUCUGUUGGCAGCACACGCCUGCAGAAUGAAGCUGACAAAUAGAGAAGACUGCAGGAAAUGAAAAGAGCAAAGCAUCAGGGAAACAAUAAAGCAUCUUUGAUGCACUUGUCCCGCAUUGGCAAGACUACGCUUUAAGCAUUUGGGGGCUCCACGGUAUGAGAUACUAGAAGAGAUAUCGUUAGUGAGGCCGCAGAGGCUGUUGAAAUUCACGUCAAAUGCAGGCAUGCUAAUGGAUCUCUACUUCUUAGGGACUUCGUAACGGAACUCCACCUGGUAGCGCAAAGAACCAAAACUGGUCUAGGCGUGGCUUAUUAGCCUCCAAGCCUAACCGAACCUACCUAUCACUGUAAGCAAUUGUAUAUUUCCAAAAACAACACCCUAUAUAAGCGCACGUGCAUUAAAGUUUGUUGAUAGAAAACUGAAAGUGUGGGGCGUAGAUGUAACGGUAUGUAUAUAUAUAUAUAUAUAUAAGUAUGAAUGUCGUUUGUAUGACAGCGAGAGUUCUUGGGGAAAUCAUUGUAUUUUAAUAUAAAUAACAAGCAAACAAAAAGCUGCUGAACACACGAGGACAAUAAGUACAUAUGCAUAUGUAAGUCCAUGACAGUUGUUGGAAAAGAGUUUCGAGGCGACACGGCACACAAUUGCAUACAAAUUCGUAACAAAUAAUAAUAAUCGGAACAAACGAAAAACAUCAGUCACUCCAUUUUAAUAGGCGCUCACAACAAUUCGUUUGCGCAUUUAAUUCACUCGGCUGCCACACGUCAGGCAGGCGACUUACAAAUCCUUUCGAUUCCGAGUUGCACGCACUUGUGUUGCAAAUUGUUAUACAAAUAUAAUUAGUUGUUGCAUACCGUUAUAUAGUAAAAGUGUGUCUAAAAAUAUAUGAAUACCAAACUUACGAAAAUUCCAACGUAUAAAAUUUAAAUAAAUUUAUUGUCAACCGAAGCAAGUGGCAGUUGCCAGUUAACGCGUUAACAACGGUUGCAUGUCGUCGUUAGACGAUUGGAAUCAUUCAUUUUGUGGCAGUCAAAGUGAAAUGAACACUUGGAAAGGCAAAUUGCUGACGGACGUGCCGUUCGGGCAUGUGCUCAUAGUGAGCGGGAAAGUGAAACCGAAUCCAAAUAAAAUUUGCUUGGAUCUAACCGAUAAUAUAAAGGGUCAAAAUGAGAGCGAAACGGUUUAUUUGAAGAUUGAGGCGAAUUUCAGAGAGAAUCAAAUAAUACGUAGCAUGUUCAUGCCGGGUGAGGGUUGGCAGCAGGAAGAGAUAUCGAAGAACUGGAAAGCAGAUGGACCAAAAAAUCCGUUGAUGCCUGGUCAAACAUUUACAUUCCGCAUAGCUGUGCUACAAAAAUGUUUCGAAAUCUACAUAAACGACAAUCUCUACGGCGCCUUUGAAUUUGUAAAAUUUCCCAAACCAAUAAAUUUCCUAAUGGUUUAUGGUGAUUUUGAGAAAAUUACACAAUUCCACCAGCGCAUGCUGUUUCCACUUGUGUUUCCGAGAAGCUUGAUUUGCGCAGAGAAAAUCGCCUUUCAGAGUGAUGUGCCGAAGAAAUACGAAGUUGGUACCGUUGUUGCCAUGGAGUGCAUUGCUAAAGGUCCACCGAACACCGCAUUCUCCAUAUGUUUUCAAUGUAACGACACCGGACGGGUUGUGCUCAAGUUUCAUGUCAACUUUGAGACCACUACAGUGUCGCGAACUUAUGAGCGUUCUGAUAAUAGCUUUUCUUCCGAUGAUGAGGAAACCGACGGCGAAUUCCCAUUUCAGCGUGGUAAGCUCUUCAAGAUCGCUUUCGGUAUCGGCGACAAGGCCUUUAUCAUUGCUGUGAAUGGCCAAUACUUUACCUAUUACAAUUAUCCGGUGCGCACAUUUUCUAUCUCGCAGUUCCACUCACAAGAAAACAUCGAAAAAUGGCUUGAUUCUUGGAUGGCAUCACAAUAUGAACAGUUUUACCAUAAUGUUAUUCGAACUUUACCAGAAAGAUGAGAAGAAGGAGGCAAUACUUCGAAUAAUUCAUUUGUAACCAUUUCCCUAAUUCAUUAAAAAAAUAAAAACAAAACAUUUACGAAAAC